UUGCAGGGUUGUUCCCAAUUCACCGUAGCAACAUUACCAAAAGCCAGAAAACUAAGCCAGAGGUUGACAUUUGUGAGAGUAUGUACAACGCGAGUCACCACAGCUACCACCUCGUCCAGGCAAUGCGGUUUGCGGUGGAGGAAAUCAGUAACUCUAGUAGCCUCUUGCCCAAUGUCACACUGGGGUAUGAGAUCUACGACACCUGCUGUCUGUCGGCCACCAUCUACGCCACGCUGAGCCUCCUGUCCCAGGGUGGAGAUGGCUGUUGCAGUAAUCGCUACCUGACGGUGGCUGCCAACUACACCUUCUAUGUGCCCAAGGCCGUGGCUGCAAUUGGACCAGACACCAGUGAGAACGCUAUCAUGACAGCCAGUCUGCUGGGCAUCUUCCGUAUGCCACAGGUCAGCUACGAAGCCUCCAGUCCGACACUUAGCAAUAAGCAUAUCUUCCCCUCCUUCCUGCGCACCAUCCCCAGUGACUGCCUGCAGGUGGACGCCAUGGUACGCUUGCUGGAGACUUUCAAGUGGAUCUGGGUGGCCGUGGUGGGCAGUGACAAUGACUACGGACGCCAGGGCCUGCAGAUGCUGCAUGAAGCUGCCACCAGGAGAGAGAUCUGCUUUGCCUACCAGGGAAUCAUUCCUACCAACAAGAAUGUUGGCAGCACCGAGCUGGCAAAAACUGUGCUGGACGUGGUUGACUCUACUGCCAAAGUGGUUAUCGUCUUCGCCAACAAACGCAAUGCUCUCCCUUUCUUCCAGGAGGUUGUUCGACAGAACGUGACUGGGAAGGUGUGGCUAGGCACUGAGGAUUGGUCGCUGGCCACAGAAAUCUGGCAGAUCCACGGCAUUCGUGGCAUCGGCACAGUCAUCGGGAUAGCAAUCAAGCAGACACACCUCUUGGGAAUGAAGGAGUUUGAAGCAGCUUUUGCAGGGUCAGAGAAAGCAGGUGCCCACCUGGAGCACCGGGACGGCUCCACCUCCUGCCUGGAUUGCAGGCAGCCGUGCAGCCAGCUACGUUCCGGGUUCCGCAGGCCGCUUGACAGGCAGGAGCCGUCACCAUACGACACACAGGGCGCUUUCAGUGUGUACUCGGCUGUGUAUAGUGUGGCGCACAGCCUGCAUCACCUGCUGGGCUGCCAGACUGGUGUGUGCCACAAGGGCACCGUCUACCCGUGGCAGCUCCUGAAGGAAGUGAAAAGAGUGAACUUCAGCCUGAAGCACAGCCAGGUCUAUUUUGACACCAACGGGGACCCCUUGGCAGGCUACAACCUGGUCCUGUGGAAGUGGGCAGGGGAGGACUGGGACUACACAGUCGUUGGCUCCUUCGACCGGAAUCCAGACUGCCUGAGCAUCAGUGAGGACAAGCUCUUGUGGCACACAGAGGCUAACCAGGUCCCUGUCUCCGUGUGUUCCAAGGAAUGCGAAGUGGGGGAGCAAAAGGUGCAGCAGGGGAUGCAUCGGUGCUGUUUCCACUGCGUGGGCUGUUCUCCAGGAACCUUCUUGAACAAAAGUGAUGUGUAUACCUGCCAGAAGUGCCGGGCAGACCAGUGGGCUCCAGCCAGAAGCGAGACCUGCUUUGACCGCACAACUGUGUUCCUGCCUUGGAACGACUACAUCUCUUUGGCCCUGCUGGUGGCCACCACCCUGUUGCUGUUGCUGGUGGCUGGGACCGCGGCCGUCUUUGUGAGGAGCCUUCACACACCUGUCGUGAGGUCGGCCGGGGGUUGGAUGUGCUUCACCAUGCUGGGCUCUCUGGCCUGUGCCAGCUCCAGCCUCUAUUUCUUCUUCGGGGUCCCGGGCAGGCUCUCUUGCCUGGUGAGAUUGCCGGUGUACACUGUUAGCUUCUGCGUCUGCCUCUCCUGCAUGGCCGCCCGCUCCACCCAGAUCGUCAUUAUCUUCAAGAUGGCCUCCAGGUCUCCAGGCCUAUACGAGGCCUGGCGGAGGUAUCACGGGCCCGGCCUGCUCAUUGGAGCCAUCGCAGGGCUGCUAAGCACGUUGGUCCUCAUCUCCGUGAGCACUAGCCCGCCGGUCCCCCACAAGAACUACAAUGCCUUUGAAAGCCUGAUUGUCCUGGAGUGCAGUCAGGGCAACACCGUUUUCUGGAUGAUCUACAACGGCCUGUUGGGCAUCGCUUGCUUUACCAUCAGCUAUAUGGGGAAAGACCUGCCCAACAGCUACAACGAGGCCAAGUGCAUCACCUUCAGCCUCCUCAUCUAUUUUGCCUCCUUCACCGUGUACUCAACCACCCUUGGCCUCUACAGAGGCAAGUACCUCACAGCGGUUCACAUCACCACCCUCCUCUCUACCCUCUUUGGGAUCUUCGGAAGCUACUUCGCCCCGAAGGCCUACAUCGUCGUCUUCCGACCUGAGCUGAAUACCAACCAACACUUCCAGCUGUCUAUCCAGAGUUAUACUAAGAAGAUAAAUGCGGCAGACUGAGCGGGGGGGGGGGACGGCUGACACCAGGAAAGGCCAAUAUGGGAGAGAAGAGGCAGGCGAAUCUGUCAAUUCUGGUGUCUCUCAGUUUCUUCUUUUGCAUGCAGAUUUACCUAAUGUACACUUUUUUAUUGCAAAGCAAUUUCCCUAAUACUAUGCAUGUUGUAUGCUGUUUUCAC